UGGGAACCUUAAACCGGAUAAACCUGCCCGCCAAGAUAACAAUUAAACUUCUGCAUGAGUUAAUCAGACUCCCCCCUUUACUCUUUCUCAUCUGGUCGGAUCCAGUCUGCUCGAAGCGGGCGUCCUGGUGCGAAAUAAUCGGUGUGAUUUAAUGAGGCGGAGAUGCAAGAGGACAACCCCAGAGCCGCUCCUCCGCAGCCAGGACAGGUGCCCCACUGGUGAGCCUGCAGAGGACGGGACAGAGCGGCUCAGAGAGGGCGGAGAGGAGAGGAAGUAAACAGCAGGGUCACUUCCCAGCGUUGCGCCAUGGAUCAGGGGCAGAGCGCGCAGAGCGCAGAUAUGGUGGGGGAGCACUCAGCCGGGAUGUGCGCGUCGGAGCGCGGGGAGGUGUCCAGUCCCAGUCCGCCGGCCAAGCAGCGCUCCCUGCGGGUGGUUUACGUCCUGAACGACGGCUUGAAGUCGGUGAUGGCGAGCAGCCCGGAGUCCGGAGCGCUGCAGUGUCUGCAGAGAGCCUGCGACGCAGAGAGCGCGCUGCUCACCACCGUCACCUUCGGACGCCUGGACUUUGGAGAGACUGCGGUUCUGGACAGCUUCUAUGAUGCAGACAUCGCUGUCGUGGACAUGAGCGACGUGUUUCGGCAGCCCUCGCUGUUUUACCACCUGGGCGUGAGAGAGAGCUUUGACAUGGCUAACAACGUCAUCCUGUACCACGACACAGACCCAGACACUGCUCAGUCAUUGAAGGACAUGGUUGCACAGAAAAACACAGCUUCCAGUGGUAAUUACUACUUCAUCCCCUACAUUGUGACUCCUAACCAUGAGUAUAUGUGCUGUGAGAGCGACGCACAGCGCAGGGCCAGUGAGUACAUGCAGCCCAGCUGGGACAACUUGUUGGGGCCGCUGUGCGUCCCUUUGACAGACCGCUUCACCAGCCUCCUGAAGGACAUCCAUGUUACCUCAUGUGCAUCUUUUAAGGACACUUUGCUGAAUGACAUAAGGAAGGCCAGGGAGAAAUAUCAGGGAGAGGAGCUGGCCAAGGAGUUGGCCCGUAUUAAACUCAGGAUGGACAACACAGAGGUCCUAACGCAGGAUAUCGUCAUGAACCUGCUGUUUUCCUACAGAGACAUUCAGGAUUAUGAUGCUAUGGUUAAGCUUGUGGAGACUCUAGAGACUCUGCCUACUUGUGAUCUGGCUACCCAGCCCAUGAUCCAGUUUCACUACGCCUUUGCUCUCAACAGGAGGAACAGUCCUGGAGACCGGGAGCAGGCUCUCAGGGUGAUGCUCCAGGUGCUACAGACCAGUGAACAUCCUGCUCCAGACAUGUUCUGCCUCUGUGGACGGAUCUAUAAGGACAUCUUCCUUGAUUCGGACUGCAAGGACACAGUAAAUAGAGAUAAAGCCAUACAAUGGUAUAGAAAGGGCUUUGAACUGCAGCCGACUCUCUACUCUGGCAUUAAUCUAGCGGUCCUCCUCAUAGUUGCUGGUCAGCAGUUUGAGAGCUCCAUUGAACUGAGGAAAAUAGGUGUGAGAUUGAACAGUCUGCUGGGCCGGAAAGGUUCUCUGGAGAAAAUGAACAAUUACUGGGAUGUGGGCCAGUUCUUCACCGUUAGCAUGCUAGCUAGCGAUAUUCCUAAAGCUACUCAAGCUGCUGAGAAGCUGUUCAAACUGAAGCCACCGCUAUGGUAUUUGCGGUCAGUGGUGCAGAACCUCCAGCUGAUCCAGAGGUUUAAAAAGCAGGCGGUGGAGCAUUCUCCCCAAAGAGAAAGGCUCGACUUUUGGAUGGAUAUCAUUGUGGAGGCCACACAAGGCACCACCAAGAGACUUCGAUUUCCAGUUUUGAUUCUGGAGCCAACUAAAAUUUACCAGCCUUCUUAUGUGUCUAUAAACAAUGAAGCUGAAGAAAAGCAUGUUUCCAUCUGGCAUGUUUCUCCUCCUGAAAGUAAGGGAAUCCAUGAGUGGAACUUCACUGCAAUCUCCAUUAAAGGCAUUAGUAUUAGCAAGUUUGAUGAACGUUGCUGCUUUCUCUAUGUCCAUGACAACUCUGACGACUUCCAGAUCUAUUUCUCUACCGAGGAGCAGUGCGGUCGGUUCUGCUCCUUGGUGAAGGAGAUGAUAUCUGAUGGUACAGGGAAUGCUGUGGAGCUGGAAGGAGAGGGUGAUGGAGACACGCUGGAGUAUGAGUAUGACACUGAUGAAAACGGAGACAGGGUGGUGCUGGGCCGAGGCACUUAUGGAGUGGUGUAUGCUGGCAGGGACCUGAGCAACCAGGUCCGGAUCGCCAUCAAAGAGAUCCCUGAAAAGGACAGCAGGUACUCACAGCCUCUUCAUGAAGAAAUUGCCCUGCACAAGUAUCUAAAGCACAGGAACAUUGUUCAGUAUUUGGGUUCGGUUUCUGAGAAUGGAUACAUCAAGAUCUUCAUGGAGCAGGUGCCUGGAGGAAGCCUAUCUGCAUUACUGCGGUCAAAAUGGGGUCCUUUGAAGGAGGCGACAAUAAUCUUCUACACCAGACAGAUCCUGGAGGGGCUGCGAUACCUGCAUGAGAACCAGAUUGUCCACAGAGAUAUCAAGGUACUACUGAAACAUGCUCUUUCAACACUUAGGCUGGGUUGAUUGAUGAUUAAAAAGUAAUUUAGAGAUAGUUGCACAAUUUUUGUUGUAGGUACAUUGCAGUACAUGGCUCCAGAAAUCAUUGAUAAGGGCCCUCGGGGUUACGGGGCCCCAGCUGACAUCUGGUCUCUGGGAUGCACUAUCAUAGAAAUGGCCACUGGAAAACCUCCAUUCCACGAGCUCGGAGAGCCACAGGCAGCCAUGUUUAAGGUUGGAAUGUUUAAAAUCCACCCAGAGAUUCCUGAAUCUUUAUCCUUAGAAGCCAAGUCCUUCAUCCUGCGCUGCUUUGAGCCCGAUCCGAAUAAGAGAGCCAUCGCUGCUGACCUGCUCAGAGAUAUUUUUCUACGGCAAAACACAAAGGGAAAAAAAAGCAAGAUUGCCUUCAAACCAACAGACUACAUCCAUAACGUUUCCAUUCCAGUGCAGCAGCAGGGUGAAACUGCUGGCAGCAGCAGCAGUGAACAUGGCUCAGUGAGUCCAGACUGUGACUCCAAACAUGACAUUUUCUUUCAGAGGAAGAAACCCUCUGGUUCCGAGAACCUCAAAACAUCCAGCUCCAACUACCUAAGCGUCCCAGAUGAGGGUUCAGUUUCAGAGGACCGCAGUGUUCCCCCCUCACCCGAGGACAGGGACAGCGGCCUAUUUCUCCUAAAGAAGGACAGCGAGAGACGAGCAAUUCUCUACAAGGUCCUUAAUGACGACCAGGAGAAGGUCAUCUCCAACCUGAAGGAAAACCACAUCCAGCUGCAGACCCACUUUGGGCCAGCCUCAGAGUGUGAGGGUGCAGAGAAAGAUGAUGAGGUGGAUGAAGAAGAAGCAGAAUAUGGCCCUGUUUUAGCUCCGACCUCAGAUGACCCUGGAUCCACACCUGACCCCGCCCUAAGUUGCACCAGUACUGUGAAUUCCAGCCACGCUCAGGAGGCUCAGCGCUUGCACGCCCCAUUAGGAAUCCAGCUUGGACGACUCAAGCAGGAGACCAGCAGGUUACUGGAGGAACUGUUACAGAAGGAAAAGGAGUAUCAACAUGUCCUGAAAGCCACGCUGCAGCAGAGGACUCACGACUUGGAGCUGAUCCGAGUUAGACACAGACCACCAGACAUUUCACCUCCCUCAAUCCUCCACGUCUCAGCAGACCAUGAGCCAGACAAGCUGCUCACUGAUUGGCUGAAAGAGCAGGGGGCUGAUCCAGACACCAUCGAAAAGUUUGUGAUGGAAGAGUACACACUGACUGACAUUCUGAGUGACGUCAGCAAAGAUGACCUCCGCUCUCUUCGUUUACGAGGCGGAGUCCUUUGCCGGAUCUGGCGAGCCAUUCAGCGACACAGAGAGCGAGAGAGGCUGACUGCUGACAAACACUCCAAAGGGGACGUAUAACUGCAAGUCUAGCUCUAAUUUCGGAGGAAAUAUGCGCACAUUGACACAUUACCAGCCCUACAGGGCCGACUUUUUCUUUCUCCUGCCUGUCUCCUUUGUGCCUUUUCACACUGACAGACUGAAUCCAUGCAGAGUCCUUACUGAUCAGACCAAAGCACUUUAGUGCGGGCACUACUGUAUGUAUUUUCAUGUAUAUUGAAAUGUGUAUUAGGAAAUUUUACAAUUAUGGAAGCUGAGUUCUUUGUUGUUGUUUUUUUAGUAUUUCUAUCAUAUCUGAAAAGCUACUGUUUGUUGAAAGUGAGAACAUUAACAGGUCUGUGGUUUGACCCUUUCAGAGAGCUCUGGUGCCUUAAAUCGCUCAUGCAGGUUUUGUAGAUUAAAUUCAUUUAGGUUAGGGACAUUCUGCCACUUUAAGCUAAAUUGAAUCUGGCUUAAGUCUGAGCAGCUCCAAUUAAAUGCUUUUUCUGCACAAAUAACAACCAAAGGUUUUAAACUAAAAGGCGAUGUGACCUUUAAAGAAUACGUUUGUUUUAAAUCCAGCCCUCUAGUUUUUGUGGUGCAGUGAGCAUCAGUUAGAGCCUUAAUUUAUUUUUGUCCCAACUCUCAGAUCUAAUCUAAACCUGUAAUCUGUCAUUAGGUUUUAUAUUAAACAUCUGCAGGGAAAGAGUUGCUGGACGUUUGUUUGGGCAUAUCAACAGUUUUGCCGGAUGGGGUUAUUAAUGAGAAUGUCUGGCAUAAAAAGACAUGAAAGAUUGUCUUGAAAUUUUUUGCUGUUUUUUUGAGAGUUUAAUUUAAAGUCGUAGGGAAGUCAUAUUUGAAUGUCAAAUCAUUCUGGCUUAAACAUGCAUAUAAA